CCAAAACCCAAACACAAGGACAAAACCCACGUGAAUUCUGAUAGCUGACAUGUCUGCUCAACCUCCCACGAUUCCUCUCCUUACCCCUCACAAAGUGGGAAAGUUCAACCUUUCUCAUAGAAUUGUUUUAGCACCAUUGACUAGAAUGAGAUCAUACAACAAUGUUCCACAGCCGCAUGCCAUCUUAUAUUACUCUCAGAGAACAUCUAAAGGGGGUCUUCUCAUAGCUGAAGCCAGUGGAGUUUCUGACACAGCUCAAGGGUUCCCAGAUUGUCCUGGUUUAUGGACAAGGGAGCAAGUUGAAGCGUGGAAACCGAUUGUUGACGCUGUUCAUGCAAAAGGCGGAGUUUUCGUCUGUCAGAUUUGGCAUGCGGGGCGGGUUUCAAACAGCAGUUUCCAGCCAAAUGGGCAGGCUCCAAUCUCUUGUACCGACAAGCCACUUACCCCCCAACUACUAGCUAAUGGUGUUGACGUUGCUCAAUACACACCUCCAAGGCGUUUAAGGACAGAUGAGAUUCCACAAAUUGUCAAUGAUUUCAGACUUGCUGCAAGGAAUGUUAUUGAAGCUGGCUUUGAUGGGGUUGAAAUUCAUGGGGCGCAUGGCUACCUGAUUGAUCAGUUUAUGAAAGACCAAGUGAACGAUCGAACAGAUGAAUAUGGUGGAUCGCUGGAGAAUCGUUGCCGGUUUGCUCUGGAAAUCGUUGAAGCUGUUGUUAAUGAGAUAGGAGCAGAUAAAGUUGGAAUUAGAUUAUCUCCAUUUGCGGACUAUAUGGAAUCAGCGGAUUCAGAUCCGAAAGCAUUAGGCCUUUAUAUGGCCAAAUCCUUGAACAAAUAUGGGAUCCAGUACUGCCAUGUGGUUGAGCCAAGAAUGAAGACAGUUGGAGACAAAAGUGAAAGCCCUGACAGUCUUCUGCCCAUGAGAGAAGCUUUCAAAGGCACCUUCAUUGCUGCUGGUGGUUUUGACAGGGAAGAUGGGAACAAUGCUGUGGCUGAGGGCCAUGCAGAUCUUAUUGUCUAUGGACGUUGGUUCUUGGCUAAUCCAGAUUUGCCAAAAAGAUUUGAGCUUAAUGCUCCUCUAAAUAAGUACAACAGAGAUACGUUCUACAUAUCUGAUCCGGUUGUUGGUUACACUGAUUAUCCAUUUCUAGAAACUACCGCUUAAGUUUCCUGCAGCCUAUGGAAGCUUGAACACAUACUUAGAUUUAUAUACAGUAUUAAUCUGCUUGAAUGUGUAUUAUUACUAUUUUUGCAUUGCGUGUAUAAUUAAAUGCAAAGAAAAAAAACGGUGAAUAAAAGUUCUCAUUAGGUCUGGUA